AUGACCGCGCAAUGUUCAUCGCUGAAAAUCGAUCUUCCGCAGCUGGAUAGCUUGAGUCCCGUGUAUGAUAUCCAGUGCAAACUCAUGGAGGAUCUCAAGCUGGGUAGCAGCUACAGCGUGAGCGAGGGCGACAUGGUUCAUCCUGGGCUGAUGGACGCUCUUCGUGUGCGGAUGCUGAGCCAGCAGGAAGCAUAUUUCUUUCAGGGAGAGGAGAGGGAAGGCAAGGAAGCGGUAGGUUCUCAGCGACUGGGAGAGUUGAAUCCGCAGAACGAGAGAUCCAGUCUCGAGCUCCUGAAGAAGCUGCUGAGAGAUCAACACGGACACAAUGGUGGUCUGGUUGAAAGCGCAUGGAAGGUUGUAGAGAAGGCAUGCUCUUCCUUCUGCAGCAAGUCUCAGUGCUCGUCUCCCAUGCAGUCCAUGGAAGAUGAAGAAACAGCGAAGUACAUCGAAUGGCUGAGAGAGCACGAUAUCAGUGACUGUGUUGGGUUGGGAUACUUCCAACACAAAUCGUCGAGCGCAAAGGAAAAGGAGUCGAUGGAGCGAGGAGUCCUGGCGCUCCGAGACAUCAGAGCAGAUGAGGUUGUCUACAGCAUUCCUGUCGAUCACUUGCUGUGCGUCGAUACAGCACUCAAGUCAGAUAUCGGGCCAACCUUCUUGGAAAUUCGAGCAAAGAUGAAAGAGAGGUGGCUGGAGAGGAAGGAAAAGAAAGCUACACAGCAAGCUGAACAGAAGGCGGGACAGGAAGAGGGGGAUCAAGAGGAGGGGGAGGAGGAGGAGGAGGAGGAGGAGGAGGAGGAGGAGGAGGAGGACGAGCUUCAUGAUGAUACUAUUUCGAUGCUGUUCCUUAUCCAUGAGAUGAAGACCAAACGAGAGACAUCCAGGUGGAAAACUUAUUUCGACUUCCUCCCAGGCAAGUUUGAGACGGGAAUCUGCUUCGAGGAGGAGGAAGGCGGUGGGCUGAACCUCGACGAGGAGCUGGCAGGAACUGGUUUCGUGCAGAAACGAUGGAAGGAACGAGAGGUGGUAGAGCAUACCUACAACAUGCUUUUCCCUUGGUUAACAGAGGAAUUUCCGCAAGUGUUCGAUCGGGAGCACUUCGACUUCCAGUCCUUCAUGUGGGCCAGAGGCGUUUUCGACACUCGUUGCGUCACGGUCAAGUUUCCUGCAGAGAAGACGGGCAAGGUCGGUGUCGACAACAACGGUGAAGGCGAGAAGGGCACGCGUGACGUGACAUGCCUCGUCCCUUGGGCUGACAUGUGCAAUCACCACCCGUAUGCUCAGCUCAACAAACCAAGUCUUGACCCUACAAGGAAGUUCCUUCAAUUCUGCACGAUGGCGCCGAUCAAACAGGGCAGCCAGGUCUUCCUCAACUAUGGCCCUCUCGACAACACCCAGCUUCUCCUCUACUACGGGUACGCGGAGCAAGACAAUCCUUACCAGACGUACGCGAUAGAGCUCGAGCUCCCGGACGAUGAACUUCGCCUCAUGAAGCAGCUCAUGCUAGUUCACUACCGAUUUCACGACAGCCAUCAUCUGCGGGACCGGGGAGAGAUCCCAGCUGCCCUCCUCGCCGCCCUCCGCAUCUGCCUCAUGGACAAGGAGGACAUGGAUAGGGGGGCGAGGGAGGGAGAGGCUAACCCGCUCGAAGGACGGAUAUCGAAGAGGAAUGAGGAGGACGUACUGCGAACUCUGGAAGAUACAGUGAGCUACGUUCUUGGUACGCUCCCUGAGGAGGAGGAGGAGGAGUUAAGGGGAGGAGAAGCAGCAGCAGCAGCAGCUCGCUUUUCUUGCAAGGAAUCAUCGCGUACAGGCAAGGGCUGA